AUUUUCACACUCCCGCCACCGUCGAAUCGCCACCGCCCCUCCUCUCCUUCUCAUCAAUUUAUUUAUUUUACCGGUUCGAACAAGCCUAUUUCACGUUACAGCCCCUCCCUCCCAGAGUCCGCCACUGCACCUCUCUCACCGCGCCGCUCGCUGCUCGCCGAUCCUGCUGGACAUCGUCUCAGCGGCUGUCGCAGCACGCUGCAGUCUCAUCUUUUCCGACUCCAAGGAAGGGUUAAUCAACUGCCCAUUUCCAAUGGCGGGCAAUGUAGCUUCUCAAGAUUUAAGGAAACACGCUUUGGAGGCAUUGGAGCGGAGGUGUGCUGCUGCGAAAGUCGAACUUCUUCAACAACAGAAGAAGACCGGUUCUACAGAGAAAUUAAAGAAAGAAUUCAAGGGAAAAGCUACUUUGAACGACUCCUCUUCAACUGUUGUUUCGGGAAAUCAUUAUGAUUCUUCAAUUCUUUUGCCGUCUGAAGGGAAACCCUCAAAUAAAGAUGUGAAUGAAAGCGACCCUAUAUAUUUCACCCUCUCAGCUGCUGUGAAUGAAAAUUUGAUGUCUACAAAUAUGGAUGUUUCAAGUGAUAGAGGAAGAGUGGUUGAUAAGAUUUGUCACGAGCUAAGAACUAGCGGUUACAUUAAGCGGUCAAGAGAAUUGAAAGUUGAUGCUUGGAUCCUUCUUGAUAACUUUGUUCCCAAACGUGCUGGAAUGAUUGGCUCUCGUAAGAGAGCUUUGCAGAGCAAUUCAAAACGAUCCAAAAGGCAUAUGUCCAUGAAGCAACAUAAAAAGUGUGGAACAUUUGAUCUGCCUUCUGAUUUCCAUAAGUUUGAAAUCUUUUGGCCAAUGCACGAUAUGUGGAAAAGCUACAUGAAACAACGGCUGUGCCAUGUUGGGCCAGAUACAUUAGCUCGAAAUCUUCUCGUCGCAGAUCUUCAUGGUGCCAUGAUCCUAGUUGUUGAGUGUAAAAUACCCGCUUUUACUGGAAUAAGCGGCAUCAUGAUUCGCGAAACUGCAGAAACAUUUGGAAUUGUGACUAAAGAUGAUAAGUUUCGAGUUGUGCCAAAGAAGUCUUCUGUGUUUAUUUUCCAAUGGGAUUGCUGGAAAAUUACCUUACUCGGAGAUAAACUCAGUUCAAGAAUCCCCAGUUUGCCAUCUAAAAAUUGAUUUCAGUCAAUGAUCUUCAAUUAUACAGUAAUAUUUACAGUGUACAGAGGUGGUGGUCCAUUAUGCAGCAAGAAGCAGACAACGAGAAGGGGUUUGUUUCAUGUCGAGACAAACAUUAAUUGACACCGACCACAAUAUGGCACAAGCCUUUCCUCUCUGCAACAAGAUGGCCGCCGAGUUACGGUGGUUCCGCCGUACGCGCCUUCUCAGGUCCACCGUGUCGCUCUCUCUCUCUCCCACGGUUCCUCCGCCGGUACGGCCGCCCCACACCUACUCCCAUGUGCGGCACUAACCAAGUUGUUUCACAACGCAAUAAAACUUGUAAUAUUUUUAUAUUGAUUAUUUGCUUUAUUUAUUGGAAUUUGAACUUUC